AUGCCCCAGCAGGUAACCGUGUCCUGGCAGUCCGACAUGCAGCUGGCCGGCAAGCUGGUCCUCUCCGCCGCCGCUCUGCUCCUCCUGACUUUGGCCUACAGGUUUUAUAAGUCCCGCUCGCUUGCUGAGGACCAAAUCCCACCGGAUAACGUGGGAAGAGAGCAGAGGGAAAAUGCUGCCAGGGAUGGGGAUGAGGACGGUGCGGCAGGUCUGAGACGGAGGAGGAGGUUUGGUGGGGAGAUGAGGAGGGAUGCACCAAGCAGCUGCGAGGAGGAGGAGGGCAGGCUUGCCCCAGACACCAGGCUUUCCCCCAGGGUUGCUGAUGCCCAGACAGCAGGUGAUGGACGUGCCCAAAGCACAGAGAAGGAGGCUGAGGGGCGUGGGGUGAAGAUCCAGACCCUCAGCGUCACCUCAAACCUGGGGCUGACAAUGACGAGCAGCAACGUGGGGUCGGACUCCACCUACUCUUUCUCCUCGGUUGCAAAGAUCCAGGUGGAGGAGAACUACAUCACUGAGCGGCGGGUGAAGGAGGGGGACAGGCAACCAUCCCAUGGCCUCAAAGGCAAAGUCUACGACUACUACGUCCAGUCCAUCUCCCAGUCGGUGUUGAAGAAAAGGUCUCCCCCCUACAUCCCUCCGGGAACAUCCCAGCACUGCAGCUCAGAGAGGCUCAAAGAGCUGCAGGGCUUUGUAACCCAGGAGAUGGACCAGACUUUGACAAUACGGGAUCCCACCACUUCCUCCAUAGUCCCAUCAACUACAGGGAGCUUGGAGAUCUCCCCCAAGCCACCAGCUCCUGGUCGCAAGGAGAGCAUCCUCCGAAUCGCCGACAGCCCCCACCUCCAGCUGCCCAUGGAGGGUUUUGGAGUCAUGGCAUCAGCUGGCACACCACCAGCAAGCCCUCAGCCAGGGCUGGUGGCUGGUACCAACCUCUUCCAAAUGCCACCACCCACCCACGUGGACCUGGGGAACUGCUACGAGAUCCUCUGCAUGGCCAAGGCGCAGAAGCUGGGUCACCUUCAGGAGGCCGCCUACAAGGUGAUGAGUGACAACUACCUGCAGGUGCUGAGGACACCUUCCAUCUACAGCCAUCUCAACGCCAGCGAGCGGGAGCUCAUCCUGCAGCAGAGGAUGAAGGGGAAGAUGUACAUGGCCAUGGCAGACAUCAACGUGCACGAGCCCGGCCUCCACACCAGCCACCUCUGCUACUACGAUGAUGGAGGGGACUGCUGGAGUCACCUCUGCCAUGUGCCACCAGAGGUGGUCUCCCAAGGGUGUGCUAUGUGCAGUAUGUUCAACUACCUCUUUGUGGUGGCCGGCUGCAAGGGCACGGGCCGGAUGCAGAGACCUUCCAACCGUGUCUUCUGCUACGACCCUCUGACCAACAUCUGGAGGGAGAUCUGCCCCCUGAACCAAGCACGGCCCCACUGCAAGCUUGUGGCCUUGGAUGGUCACCUCUAUGCCAUUGGUGGUGAGUGUCUCUACACAGUGGAGCGCUAUGACCCCCGGCAGGACCGCUGGACCUUCACUGCCCCCCUACCUCAUGACACCUUCGCUGUGGCCCACACUGCCACAGUGUGCGACGGGGAGAUCUAUGUGACAGGGGGGACCUUGCGCUAUGUUCUGCUGUGUUACGCUGCCCGCUCGGACAGCUGGAGGGUCAGCCUGGUCAGCGGUGGCAAGGACAGGACAACUGAGAUGGUGAGCACCAAUGGUUUCAUCUACCGCUUUGAUCUCCACCGUAACAUGGGCAUCAGCGUCUACCGCUGUGGAGCCAAGGCCAAGCUAUGGUACGAGUGUGCCACCUAUGCCAUGCCUGACCCAUCCAUCUUCCACUGUGCCGUGGUGGGCAGCCUGGUCCACUGUGUCGGCCGGCACUUUCAUAUACGCUUCCUGGCUGACCACAUCUCACCACGCUUCGGAACCAAGGAGCUGCAGCCCUUCCCAUCGCCCCGUGGCAGCCUCCUCGCAGCCGUCCUGGUGUUGCCAGAAGGAGGGACAGCACAAACACAAGUUUGA